CCCGUACCGGAAACUUGGCGGUACCACAGCGAACCGAACAGGUACUUCCCACUGAGCUAUAUAGCUCAUGGUACUUCCAUAGAUGUCUAUGGGUACUUCCAUGAAAGGUGAUCCUUAGCCGCACAAGCACUUCCUCAUCAAGACACAGGUGGAUCUAAACAGCAUGGAGGUCUGUAGUGAAUGGGAAAUCUACAUCCCUACCGAGGCUGAAGUGAAAAACAUCCCCCUGAAGAGUUUACCAAAGUCAGUUGUCAGAAGAAUCGGCCUUCCCCUCUCUGACAUCGACUCCUCCAGGAAGCCUGACUCUUCAGAUGUGAUAUGGAUUUGUCCAGCAGUGAUUGGAAGAAAAGGACAGGGAUCUGCCUCGCACAAAGAAAGCGACUUGGCUGAAAACGCAUUUCUAGCCUCAGACUUUCAGGGCGGUCCUUUGAAAAUGUCUUUUGUAUCCUCCAACCGAACUGCCAGGGAUGUGCUCAAGAACAUCUCUGCUGGAAAACAUUCAUCCAAUAAAGAGCAUUUAUGUCAGGACUCAAUGCAGCUGGCAAAUCAUAAUGCUGUUGUUGUGUACAAGGGGCAGAUUUACCUGUGCAUCAGGAAGGCCAGGAGAGGACAACAGAUGACACCAGAACUGAAGUCACCCACCCACGCUGCCAUUCCUUCAACCUCUGGGCUGCCAUCUGCAAGCUUCACAAAGGAGCUCAUCCGUGGCAAACGGAAGAUAAAAGCUGAUGCAGGUAAAGUAAAGCACUGCGAAAAGGCUGAUGAGCUGAAAAGAAAAAAUGACUCUGCAGUCAGGGCUGAGAAUUCAGCUCCUCGUCCCCCUCACAGUAGACACAGGGCAGAGAGUAAGAGUCAGGGUAAUAAAGCUGCCAGAAAAGAGUUCUCAGAGGAGCCUCUGCGGUCUUCUUGCACACAGCCUCAGGAGAAUCAGAAAGACCCAACCAACAGGGUGAGUAGAGAAUAUGAGGUAAAUGACCUGGGCGAGGAAGAAGACUCGGUCUGCACCAAUGAUUUGGAUUGUAAUCAGAUGGACUGUCAAGAAGAUGAGUGCAAUGGAAGCGAUGGGCAGAUGGAGCCUCUGGGGUCAACUGCACAAAGAGACUGUGACUUUAAUGACCUGAAACAAGAGGAGAUGAUCGCUCACCUAAAGGCCAAAUUUAUGCAGGACGAAGCUGCUCUCAGUGACCUGAUCAGGACAGCUCACUGAUGAUGCUGCUUCAUCAGAUCUGACAUCUGUUUAGAAUGCUUCUUAGAUUUUAUUUUUUUUCAGCUCAAACUGAUGGGAUGCUUCAUUUAGCUGGUAAAGAAUGAGACAUGACUUGUCCUCUGUAAACAUUUAGCUCUGGGCUCGUUCUAAGGAGCAUGCUGCUCAUUUAUGGACUUGUUUGUUUCUGCAAACCUAGAAGCUUUACAUCCCUACUUGAGUAUGUCUUAAUUAAUGUUUUCCAAAGACAAACCCUUUAUCUCAUAUUGUAAUGGCAAAAUGUUAUGGUCAAAAUGAUAGUACUUUCUAAUCAUUGGUUUGAAUCUUUCAAAUGAACACAAAUAAAAUUAUACUGAACUGACAUCUUUACAUUUACUGUUUUUAUUAUGCCAAAUAUCAAAUAAGGGUGUCAGGACCCUGCGGGCAGCGUCGUGCAGUUUUCUGCCGGCCCCGCCUCAUCUGCUUUCCCCACAGGUGGCUGGAGUUGACAGGUGGGCGCGGAGCGUGGUACACACCUGCGGCUCGUUCAGCAGCGCGGGGCUGCACUAUAAAGACAGCACUUGGACUGCUGGACGAUGCCAGAGUGUAGCCAAGUGUUGGUAUGCUUAAGAGGUCCUUGUUACAUGACAGCUUACCUUCCCAGAGUUUUAACCGUAUUUCCUGCUUCUCAGGUCACCCCUUCGUCCCGAGUGUUCCUCGGUCCUCCGUGAGCUCUGUCUCCGGUGCCCAUUCGGCUCAAACAAACUAAUCCGUGGACACCUACGUAACUGCUCUGGUUACUCCAGCUUUCCUCAAACCACCCAUCCAUUCAGCUGCUGCUCGGGACCCGCACGGAUCCCUCCUGACCGCCCGCCUGUCUCCCCACCACCAUCUGCCAUCUAGGAGGGUCGCUGAUUGGGUCCGUCUCUCCGCUCCACUCCCCCCGGCUAGAUCGCGGCGCUUGGCGACCGCCCGAGCCCGGCUGUACUUUCUUUCCCUGGCUGCGAGAACCAUAAAUCGCCUGAGAUCCGCUCGUGCUCCCCUGCUUU